CUGAGCGGCCUCAGGCCCCAGAAUUACAAACGAGCUUCUCAACGGUCAUUUAGUACUACCAACAUGUCGAUGUGUGAGGACUCCCUGAUGUGCAAUUUCCCGAAGUGCCGGGCGGUUCUGAGUGGUUUUGCCUGGGUGACGGCGUGUUCGCACGCGUUCUGUGACCAGCACGGCUCAGGGGAGUUCAGCCGCUCCCCGGCCCUCUGCCCCGCCUGCCAGUCCGCCCUGUCGGGGAAGCUGGACAUCGUGCGCACCGAGCUGGCCCCGUCAGAGGAGUACAAGGCCAUGGUGCUGGCCGGCCUGCGGCCCGAAACCGUGCUCGACAUCAGCAGCAGAGCACUCGCCUUCUGGACAUACCAG